UCAGAUUUACAGAUGACAGUCAGAGAAAGAAGAGCUGCGAGAACACUGCUGGAUUUACUCUGUUUUCAAAGGAAAGUUAUUCAAGUCCGUGCUGGAUUUUAGGUGCAACAUGACGUUUGAAGAACUUAAUGGAGAUUACUCUAUUGAAAGGAUGGAUUCUGUGAUUAAAGCUCUGGAGGAGGUUCUGCGCUCCGCAUUACCGCAGGGAUGUAUUACAGUUGGGGUAUACGAGGCUGCAAAGUCACUCAAUGUGGACCCUGAUAACGUGGUGCUGUGCAUCCUGGCCACAGACGACGAUGAUGUGAAGGAUGUGGCGCUUCAGAUUCACUUCACUCUCAUUCAGGCUUUCUGCUGCGAGAAUGACAUCAACAUCCUGCGCGUCAACAACACGCGUCGCCUCGCGCACAUCCUCGGGGGCGCCGGCAUGCACGGCAGCGAGCAGAUGGAUCUGCACUGCAUUCUGGUCACUGUUCCACAUGCAUCCACAUGGAAGAACCCAGCUUUGGGAAAAGUGAACCGCUUCUGCAGAGAGAGUCGCUGUAUGGAUCAAUGGGUGCCCAUUAUUAACCUUCCAGAACGAUGAGGACAGCUAAAAACAAGGGAAAAACAUGGAUAAAAAAUAUCUAGUAAAAAUGAUAAAAGCUAAAAAAGGUGGUCACAAAAAGGACUGAUAGUCCAGACUGGUGGAACUAGGGACUAACCUACAGAAUGAACUGGAGGAGGAGCACCCUUUUGCAAUCUUGAGAUGAUUCAGCAGUUUUUGGCUUUGUUUGUGGGACUUUUUGAGGACGUCACAGGAAGCUAAUUGUGAAUGGAAGUGAGCGCCUGAGAAUCUUGUGAGAUAGUUUAUUGGUGGGGUGUCAUAAAGCACUUCAGUUAAUUACAGGAUGAAAUAUUUCUCAGGCAACACAAUAUCAGAGGUGAUAUUUUUCAAAGAGGCUGCCCCAUCAUUUUUAAUAGUAUGCUAUAAGUACUUAUUAAUGUUGGAAAAUAGAUUAUUUUAAAGGGACUUGCUUCUAAACCACUGAGAUGAAAACUAUGCAUUCACAGUAUCCUGUAAGAACUUUUUUUUUUUUACACAAGUUAAUUGUUCUUUUGUGGUCUUUAAAUUAUUUAUAUUAAUU